AUGCCGAAGCCACCAGGGAUUGCAGUGGAUCCGGAUAUCUACCUGCCAGCCCAGUAUGGCGAUGAUUGGCAGUCGGAGACGACAUCUAUCGGUUCCUCAAUUUAUCAUGGCCUGAUGGAAAAUGGCAGACGGUAUGGUGCCAUCGUACUUUUGGCGCACCCGGGGGCUCGGCCCGUUGCUUACAUGAUUCCGUCUGAUGACCUGGCAUUUGAGUCCUACGAAGCUGGGUACAUACGACCGGCCUUUCUAUAUGUCAUUCUCUCUAUUAACACUCUCAGUCAUUUGCUCGCUCUGGUUUUAGACUCGGAACGAGAGAACCCACUGUUUAGAGCGCCUAUCGGGAAGAACCCUAAGCAUAUCCUCGACAUUGGAACGGGUAAGGGUAACUGGGCUAUGUACGUCAAAAGAGAACCCCCCUCCUCGUCCCGAAACAGACAGGACUUAUACCAACAUAACACUUGUAUAACUAGUGAUGUUGCCGACAUGUUCCCAUCUGCGACUGUCCGAGGAGUCGACCUUUUCCCACCUCCCAUUACAUGGGUGCCGCCCAACUGCAUCCUCGAAGUCGACAACGUCCUAGAAGAGUGGACCUGGAAAAACCACCUCGACCUAAUCCACAUGCGGAUUAUGACCGGCUCGUUCGAUCCCGCGGGAUGGGACCACGUCUACCUAACCUCUUACAAGUAA